UGACUGGUUGAUUCAUUUCCUAGGGCGUGAAAUAAAAAACUACAAUCCUUCUGUUUUCUGUUUUCUGUUGUUUUUGUUACUUUGUAACAUUUUCGUCGUUGGCAAACUCAGAGUCUUCAACGACCCCGAGGCUUUAAACCGGUAUCCAUCAAGUCUUCAACAGACAUGACAUGCCCAAGCCGAGUAUUAUUUACUUGUAUUUACUUGUAUGACGAAUUCAAUCCACUUAUACCCGCCGAGCCUUUCCUCUUCUACUGCUUCUUAUGCCCAGUUAGUGCAGCGCCAUGUCCUCCGUGACGACAUUUGGCGCUGAAUCGCGACCGACCCGCAUCGCUAUCUUGCUCAACUCAUAUCGUUCCCGUCUACUUCCCGCCAUCAGGGCCUCCUACGAACGAACCAUCGGUGCCGUCGCUCCAGAUGCCAGGUUGGCCUUCUACGAGCCCGCCAACAAGAGCGGCCAAUUUCCCGACCCAGCCUUCUUCGAUCUGAUAGUAUUCGGCGGGUCCAACGUCGACCCGCGCAAAUCGCACCAAUGGAUUCUUGAUGUGCAUGAAUACCUCCUCCGCCUCGUGACCCAGUACCCCGAGAAGAAGGUCGUAGGUAUCUGCUGGGGCCAUCAGACCAUCUCGCGCGUCUUCGGCGGCAAGGUCGUCGAUGCCGCGUACCCAGAAAUGGGCGUAGCCACCAUAAAUCUUACGGCGGCGGGAAGACAGUUCUUCCCCGAAGCCGCCGCCUUAGGUUCCUUCAAGCUGCAGCAGCACCACCGGCGCGAGGUCGCCGUGGCGCCGCCAGCUUUUGUACAGUUAGCUCAGGGUAACCAGUGCCUGCUAAGCGAGAACAACAUGAUAUUAACAUUCCAGGGUCAUCCUGAAAAGGAUGCCGAAACAGCUCGUCUACGUCUACACGACUCGAUGCGGUGGUUCGGAUUUGAUGCCUCUCUAGAUGAGAAGGCGUGGGCCAAGCUCCAGGGAAUGGUAAAUAUGGAUCAUGACGGACCCGCCGUCUGGAGGCGCAUCUUCGAAUGGCUCAAGGAGCCGCCGGUCCUAGGGGUCGGAGUUGUAGAUAAAGUAAGCGAAAUGUAACAUUAUUCACUGUUUUA